AGAUCCCCCCUUCGAUCGAUCCAUCGCCCCCACCUCCUCCCCCGUCUCUGCUAUUUCAACGCCACUGCUGCUUCUGCCAAGAACAGAACAGAACAGAAUCGAACGAAACAGAUCACGACUGGCUCCUUCCUCCGUCGCUCUCACCUGGCCCCCCCACUCUGUCCUUGAUUUCCUAUUACACGCGCUCUUGAUCGAUCCAUCGUAGACUGCGUGUUCUGCCCAAAUCUCUUAGACCGACGCGGAUUGAGCCGCAUCGGUAUUACUAAGAUUGGUGACGUGAGGAAGUCUUGUAUUCUGACUGGAAGUGGGUGAAUUCGUGAGUGUUCCUGUUGGAUUAGCUUCACAAAUUCUGGAUCUCGUAUUGUCCUUUUUGUUGUUUCAGGAAUCAAGGACGGAGAUCGGAAGAGAAUUGUUGGGUUCUUCUUUGUUGCGUGCCAAGUUUCCGAGGGAGGUGUCUUGUUGGGUUAGUGAGGGAGCGUGAGCUAGUGGGUUGGAUCCUGUGCGAAGAAUUAGUUUAGAACCGGAAGGUUGUUCUUGGGAUGUGGGUGUAGUGACGAUAAGAGGUUGAUCUUUCGCGGGUUGAUUGCGAUGAAGGUGUGAUUUAGGGAGCCGGAGCUAGUGGGUUUGUGGACUUUGGUUCGUGAAAGCGUUUUAGGAGGGGUUUGGAGGGCAUCCGGCACAGGUGUACGGGAUUUUCGAAUUACGAAGGAAGAAGAAGCUUGUAAGUCAUCUUGGGCUUGGGUAGUGCUAGCAGCUUGAGAUGGGAUCGAUGAGCAUUUCCCCGCUUUCGAAGUACAAGUUGGUCUUUCUUGGUGAUCAGAGCGUCGGCAAGACUAGCAUCAUUACUCGAUUCAUGUAUGACAAGUUUGACCAGACGUACCAGCCAACUAUUGGAAUUGACUUCCUUUCCAAAACGAUGUAUUUGGAGGACCGCACAGUUAGGCUACAGCUUUGGGAUACAGCAGGACAGGAGCGAUUCCGAAGCCUCAUUCCCAGUUAUAUCCGCGACUCAUCCGUGGCAGUUAUUGUAUAUGAUGUUUCCAAUAGGCAGUCUUUUGUUAACACCGCUCGCUGGGUAGAGGAGGUUCGUGCCGAGCGAGGAAAGGAUGUGGUUUUAGUGCUUGUUGGCAACAAGACCGAUCUCGUGGAUAAGAGGCAAGUCUCAGUUGAAGAAGGUGAAACCAAAGCCCGGGAGCUUAGCGCACUCAUGAUUGAGACCAGUGCUAAAGCGGGAUUUAAUAUCAAGAGCCUUUUCCGGAAAAUCGCUGGAGCGUUACCUGGAAUGGAGUCUGUGAAUCCGUCAAAGCAGGAUGAUUACGUGGAUAUCAACUUGAAAACAACGUCGAAUAACACACAAUCAGAAGGUCAAACUGCUGGUGGUUGUGCGUGUUGACAACCUGUGGGUGAGGACGGAAUUGCUCUGAACGUGGUGCAACUCACGAGAGGAACUCUAGGUAGGGCCUGCAGCAAUGCCUUCUGCGUCCGCCUAACCUUUCCUGCCAUUCUGGACUUGCCAAUAGGAUCUCAAGAGCUUGAAACCUGGAUGCUUUCAUUUUUGAAGUCUUCGCUGUGAGAGGUUGUGAAUAGGAUAAACGCUGUACAAAAAGGUUUUGCUGACAUAUGGUCUUGCCACUUAUCAGGAUUUUUCGAUAAACUAGCAUUUUGGAACAGACAUUCACAUGACCAACUUUCCUUGCCUAUAGCUAUAUGCAUAGGUGAGGUGGCAAUUCAUUCCAUGCACAUUCACAUAGGCUACAAAUAAUUUGCCAGUUUCCCAUCAUGCCACCAAUUCAUGAUAGAUCUAGGAUUAGCUAUAUUUUUCAAAACUACACAUUUAGAAUUUAGUGUAAAUUUGUUUGGAUUCGCCUUUGCAAGUCCUCGAAAUUAAUACCUUCUUUCAAACUUGCAAAUUGAAUGCGAAUUUCUUUUGAAAAAAACUGUUAUAAAUGUAGUGAAAUCAUGAUAUGGGGCUUUUAUCACAAACAAAACUAAAUCAACGGCUAAUCUGAAGAUCAAGAGUCAAAAUAAAAUUCUUUCUGAGAACUUCAAGCUUGAUU